AUGUCAAUCUGGAGGAAGGUUCAAGAACUCGGACUUGCCAAGGCUUACCAGGAAGACUCUUCGGUAACGACGUUUGUACGCCAGACAAUCAGUUUGGCCUUUGUCCCGCCAGCGUUCGUACGUAUUGCUUGGCGGGGUUUGAAGGCAACUGCACCACCAGCCCUUGGAGUCCCACAAGUUAUCCUGUACUUCGAGGAUACUUGGCUCUUAGGAAACUACGACACCCAGCAGUGGAACCAUCACCAAAACAGCGGAGCCCGGACAAACAACCUAAAGGAGGCCUGGCACCGAAAAAUUAACAACGCCAUCGGGAAAGCGCACCCCAAUGUCUACACUUUCGUGGAGCACAUCAAGCGGGACGAGGCCACUAGCAGAGUCACCCUCCUCCAGGUAUCCAACGGCGGCCAAGCCCGAAAGCGACAAAAGAAGAGGGAGAUGAAGGACGAGGCCAUCAGGAAGCUCGAGCAGCGUCUGUCCAAUGGAGAGCUCAACAUUCAAGAGUUCCUGAGGCUCGUGCAGCGAUAUUGCGGUAUCUAA